CGGGCCCUUGGAAACGCCGCCAGCGUGCGUCCGCGGCAGGCUCUGCUGAGCUGGCCGACGUUGGGCGUGGAAGGCGCGUGCCAAGUCGACCGGGAGGUGUGGUGUGGAGUUAGCCCCACCAACGCGCACUCGUACAUCGACUUCUUCGCCAGAAUACGCGUGCCGAAGGCUGGGGCUCCGAGGACCUCGGUGUUCUUGGAAAACCUCACGCCUAACUCUUUCUACGGCUGCGUCGCCAAGCACGUCAGCCGGGACUUCAAAGCGCAGUCGCAAUGUUCGGAGUUUACUUUCUUCACAACUACCGCCGAAAACAACGGUUCCAUCGGUAUGCCGAUGUACGACACGUACUAUGACGAACUUCAUUGGACGGACUCGGGCAGUGACUUUGGCACCUCGUACCUGGUGCAUGCCAGUUCCCAGUACUCCAAGCUGACGCCGCCGCCCUCGCUCGACCCGGCCUGCCCGUUGCGUCCCCGCGAGGGCAAGUACCGCUUCUACGCCCCCGCCGGGCCAUUGUGCUGCGGGGGCCUGAAGCGCUUCCUGCCCGGCGGAGGGCUGUUCGUUCUAACGGUGGAGGCGACGACCAGUGCCACUGGCAGCAGUGGGCUGCGCAGCCCUGGCUGGGCUAUGAGCAUGCCACCCAAGGCGCCCAGCCCGCUCUCGUUUGACAUCGUGGACUCAGCCAGCGCGCCACUGCACGACGGCCAGACCACCUCGGCGCUGUCCAUCGUGGGGUACCCACCGUGCGAGGCCAACGGCGGACAGCUCAGCUGGUACGAAGCGAGCCUGAGUUUCGAGGAAGGAGAGGGCCUCCCGUCAAUCACGCAGGGAUUCAGCAUCGACCCGUACAUGCGCGCGGACGGCACCUUCAGGAUCCCUUUUAACGACCGACGCUUCGACUGGUGCUACGCGCAGAACUCCACGAUGGUGGUGACCCUCUCGGCCAAGAACGACUACUACAAGAGCACGUCCACCAGCAAGGAGUACAUCGUACCGUUUCUCGAUUCGAAUCCGCGCGACCCCGGAGUCUCGGCGACGUGCGUGCAAGGCGGGGACGGGCAGGUGGCCGUGUCCUUCUCCAGCAGCCUGUUCGUGUCGUCGCGGGCCGGCCCCGACUACUACCGCAUCAUCGUCACGGAGGGCCAGAGUGAGCUGGGCAAGCGUUGCGACAUCGAGGACCUGGUCCUGCAGAGGCCGCAGACGCAGCAGUGGACCAGGGGCUUGGCAGUCGCCAGCGUCGAGCCGCCCUUCAGGGCCACGGGCGAGCGCUGGAACCCGUUCAAAGGCAAGAAAUCCAACAAGGUGACGUUCGUCAUCGGUGGCAGCGAGAACGCCUGCAACAGCGCUGAUGCCAGCACUGCGAGCACAACCAGCACCGCUAGCACCGCCACCUCAGCCAGCACCACCAGCACUGCCAGCACUGCCAGUUCAGACAGCCCCGACGCCUCGCUGUACUGCAACAGGCCCCUGACGCCGGGCAAGGUGUACUCCGUCCACGUGCAGGCCGCCCUCACCGUGCCCCGGAUGGUCGUGACCGCGCCUCUCGUGGCCGUCACGGUGGCCGGCGGCAACCCCUCUUGGGGAGACAACCAUGACAUUUUGAAAUACGUGGUGUACGGCGCGUUUCCACUGGCUGCCAUCAACUUGAUCCUUUUCGUCAAAUACUGCAGAGAGCGACGCCGCAACGGGCGUUGCGGCGGCCAGCCCAAGCCCAGCGCGCGCCGCGCCUUGCCGCGCGGCCCGGAACGCCCGGACUCCGCCCUGGGGAGCAUCAAGCACAACGACCGUGCGUGGACGGGGGUGCCGGAGCCCGUCACUAAGCGCCAGUUCCGCCUGCUGUACGAGGACAUGCUGCGGGACAACAAGAGCCCCCAGCUACUGAGGCAGUUCGAGGCCCUCAGCGCCCUCAGCAGCCAGGUGGCCGCCAGCACGCCGAGCAGGGCGGGGCAUCUGCCGAUGAACGCCUCCAAGAACCGAUACUCCAACGUCAUCCCGUUCGACAAGAACAGAGUCCGCCUGCUCAACUUUGACGAGGACGAUGAUGUCUCCAACUACAUCAACGCAUCCUUUAUCACGGGCUUCUCGGGCUGGCCGGAGUACAUCGCGGCGCAGGGCCCCAAGGACAGCACGACCAAGGACUUCUGGUUCAUGGUGUGGGAGAACAACGUGCGCACCGUCGUGAUGCUCACUAACCUGGUGGAGGACGGCAAGACCAAGUGCCACCAGUACUACCCGGAGCUGGAGGACCGCUUCACGUGGGCCGACUUGUCCGUGGCGACCUGUGUGCAGAGCGACCUGGAGUUCUACACGCUCAGGACCAUCGUCUUGACCAAGGGCUCGGAGAAGCGGACGGUCAACCACUUGCACUUCCGCGAGUGGCCCGACUUCGGCUGCCCCGCGUCUCCCAAGCACGUACUGCAGUUCUGCAUCACGCUGCGCCGCCAGGCCCUGCUGUUCCCCGGCAUGAUCGCUGUGCACUGCAGCGCUGGUGUCGGCAGGACCGGGACCCUCAUAGCCUUGGACAUUCUGCUGCAGUGCAUUAAGACCAAGAGGAAAAUCGAUGUCUUUGGCGUUGUGUUGAAUCUGAGAGAGCAGCGGCCGUUCAUGGUGCAGAGUCAGGAGCAAUAUUGCUUUCUGAUAAAAUGUCUGAUGGUUGCUAUGGAUGACCCAAUCAUACGAAAAUACAAGCCUGCAUGUAAAGGGCCAAAGAAGGCUGCAGAGCUGCAGGCACUUGCCGUUUUCGUGUUUCGGAACUCAUUUAAGUCAUUCUCCAGAAAUGGUACAGUUUGAAGUUCCUGACCCACACUCUAAAUGUCUUACAAUGAAAUUUGACCUAUGUUAUUCGUAUGUUACAGUGAAAUCGGCGCAAGCAUAAUA